CGGAAAAUCUGCUAAGCCUCUACGUACAUUUUCUAAAAUAAAAAUCAUCUUUAUUGUUACCCAAAAUGAAACAAUCAUAUUUAACCAGCAUAAUAAUUGCCAGAACUAAGAAAAAGUACAAAUAAAUUGGAUCUGCAAGAUCAUACAGGUUUGUAGUUACUUACAUUGUACCUAGUUAUAUACAAAUAACAAUACCUAACAAGCAAUUUGGCACAAAUUCCUUGCUUACGGAACACGUUAAUUAUAACAGAUUACAUCGCCGGCGUUUAUGUGUAAUUAUUAUAUUUAUUUGCCUACUUAGUUGGUAGGAAUCCUCUCCGCUCGUGCUUUUACGAGAUGCGUCGUAUUGCAGAGUAGAAGAAGUUAUGCUCAGGACUUGUGGACUGGUAAGGUACUACAUUUCGCGCCUGCGCGUCGUGCAGAACGCUCCGUAAAAACGCGGCUCAGAGCUACGCGCCAACGCAUUCAAUCAUUUGUACACCACCGUAAAUCAGCAUGACGACCGCGAGCGUGUUGUUGACGGUGACCACGACAUGGAAUCUGACCAGCGAAAAGCCGGAGAAAACCGGCAAAGUGGGUCGUUCCUUGCAGAGCAUUGCUGCGGAGAGAGUCAAGGAGUUGAGGGAGACACCGGCCACCAGGGAACAGGCCCUUCGCAUCAUGAGGGAGUGGAUCCAACAGAACAAGGACAUCAGAAACGUGCGGCAAGAUGAAUCAUUCUUGCUAAGAUUUUUGCGGCACAAGAAAUACAGCAUCCCGAUGGCUCAACAGACACUUCUGAAAUAUUUGAACCUGCGCCAAUACUACCCUGAAAUAUUCCACCCCAGAUUGGACUGCGAAGACGAAAGAGUUCAGAAUAUGAUCCAAAUAGGGUACGUUGUGGUAUCGCCGGUACGUGACAGCAAGGGUCGGCGGGUCAUCGUGUAUGACAUGAGCAAGUACAAUCCCAGUAAGAUGACGUGCUGGGAUAUAUGCCGCGUGCACUGCACCAUCUACGAGAGUCUGCUGGAAGACCCGAUCGAUCAGAUCUGCGGCUUCACGCACGUCGGCAGCGGCGGCGGGGUUACCGGGGCCCACGUCACUGCCUGGAACCCCACCGACUUCGCACGCCUUAUGAAGUGGGGAGAGGAUAGGCGAAAUACUUGUAUAUCGCGAGACCCGAUCGAUCAGAUCUGCGGCGUCACGCACUUCGGCAGCGGCGGCGAAGUCAGCGAGACCCACGUCACCUCUUGGAGCCCCAACGACUUGCCGCGUCUCAUGAAGUGGGAAGAGCAAUCGUUACCUAUGCGUCAUCAAGAGUUCCACCUUAUCAAUAUACCUGUAGCUGUUAAAUACGUCAUCGAUUUCGCCAAAAGCAAAGUUACACCGAAAAUGGCGGACCGAGUAUAUGUUCACUCAAACCAGUCACAUUUACACAAAUGCCUGGACCCCUCGUGUCUUCCAACUGUUCACGGAGGAAAGAUUCCCAUGCAUGAUAUGGUCGCGUACACUAGACAGCUUUUGUUCGACCAAAGGAAGAACGUGUGCGCUUUGAACGAAAUGGAAAUUCUAAGCACCAGAGGGAUUUUAUCCUCAAGAGGCAAGCCAUUGAAAGAUACAGGCUCUGUAGAAGGAAGCUUUAGAAAACUAGAAAUAGAUUGAAGUACCACUUUUUCUAGGUUAAUCUACACGUUAAGACGAUUACGUGAUAAAAGAGCAGAGACGGUGCGAUGACGCAUCGUCAAAAAGUAAUAGUGUCUUUUUUUGGUGAAUGACACACGAUAAUGUAUCUAGCUGAGCAGGGCUACUAUGUAAGAAAUAGCAUUUUGCGAUCGCUUAAACUGAUUCAGGUUUAUGAAUGAAAUCUCAUGCAAAGCGCAAUCUUCAUCAUGUUUUAGAAUAUAAACGGAGGUCACGAGAGGUAUCUUUAGCUUUCACGAGUUUUAGCGUCAAGUGGUCGCGAACAGCACAAAUGAUUUGUCUAUGUAAACAGUUGCAAGUUAGAUAUUAGACCUGCCGGCUUUUAGUUUGAACUGAAUUGACACUAUGAAAUGUAUAUGAAAAUAAAGACGUACACGUUUCCGUUUGGUUUGCUACGUCCAGUUUUACGGAGAAAAUGACUUACCCCAUAAGCUUAGAUAUCUGAUACUGUCCUCAUCAGAUUAAAGGGCUUUGCUACAAGCGCGUUAAACAAAAUUGGUUUUAACAUUCAACGAUAAUAAAUACAACUAGAUACAACAUCACGAACGAAAUCGUGGCCGAAACCUAUCCAAACGGUACAUUGGGCAAUUCAUGGACCUCCGUAACAUGAUCGCGUAGUAAAAAAAUAUAAGGCAUUAUUUUAACAUUUAAAGUCACCUUAAAUGCAUACUAUAUAAGGUCUUAAUUAAAACGCAUGCGUCAAAGAAUUAUGACAAUUCGAAAUGCAAGCUCGUAAAUUUUUACGAAGAAUAUAGACCUUAUUUCUUUGUCUGUACACGCAAUUCUGAACGCGCUGUUAGCAAUAUAGCAGGUACGGACCGCGAGGAAAAGAGACGGCUAUAUUUACCGACCAUGCAUUUGAAUAAUACAAAUAUUUUCUAUUAAAUCAGUUAGUAGUAAGUAUAAGAACAAAAUUUGCUUCAAAUGCGUUAAAUUAUCAACAUUGAUUAGAUGCUUGUGGAAAAAACGACACUUUACGUACUAUAAGGAGCUCUGCGGCAUCUUGACUUUUCAACGGUCCGCGCGUGACUGUAAACCAAGAAGUGCUUGAGUGGUGUUCAAGCACUUCUUGAUUGGGACACAUUUUGAGCGCACGUGGUGUAUCUAGGGUAUUAAAUAUCGUAGUAACAUACUCUAAUUUCAUACAUAAAAACCUAUUUAAUGUUACGUGGUCAAUUUUCUAUGUGUCAAAAAAUAGACGUAGAGUUGAUUGAUACAAUUGCGUUUGGUGCAGUUACAUUAUUCUGUAAAAACGUUUGGUUCAGUACUGAUUUCAUUGGAUGUUUAGAGUUGCGAAUUGAAUAGACACAGACUUCAUUUCACACGCCAUGAAUAAAUUCAGCCCAUUAAACGGCGACAUUACUGCAUAAAAUCAGAUUUUUUCCUGUUGAGCCUGUUUGAAGUGAAGUCGAUGUCAUACUGCAAUAUUUUUGUAGGCUCUAAACACAACCCUGAAUAGUCAAUGAUAAUUUUCUACGGAUACAACUUUUACACUUUCGAGGACUUUUAUAUGUUAGCUUUACAUUUGUGGACAUUCAUUGUUUUACCCAUAUUAUUUUGUAAGCACCUCCUGACCUAAGGUAGCGGAAGUAGGGAAAGGUAAACUUAGGGGAAGGUUAGAUAAUAUCACAAAAUGUUGUAGGUAUAUUUUGUGACAUUACUAUGUGUGCAUUCGACGUAGCAAGUUGGAAUAAAACAAAUACACAAUAAUGCAUAUUUGAAGAUGUACAUACUUUGUAAUGCAUGAUCGCAUCGCGUAAACCAUGUAAAUAAAAGUCAGACUAAACUUAGCUCCCUAAACUGUAAGUUUUUUUACAGAAAUAUUUUUAGCCUAGAUUAUUACUCAAGCCCACACUUUAUUUUAAGCUUAUGUAAUGUUUAUUCUAUGAAGGUGCUGUCCCACGAUCUGUGUUGUCGCGGGGGAGGCCGUGCCGCGCAGUGUUGCCAAACGUAUGAGAACUCUAACGUUCGAGAUUU